AUGGACUCUCUGCCCCAAGAAAUAUUGGAUCACACCCUCGGUCGCAUACCUGCGCGAGAGAGCGACAACUAUAAUGAAGAACUCCUGGAGCUCGAAAACUGGAUGGAUGUUGACUCGGAAGCAUUCGACCCUGAGACACCGCAUGCCUUCAAACGGUGCUGCAACCGCCAGACUUCACUACGCGAGCUGCAUGUGAACAUUGUGACACCCGAAUACCGGCACAGCUCAGGGCCCUCGGAUAUCGUCGAGAACAUGGCACACUGCGACAUUGCCCACACGGAGAUCCUGAGAGAGUUGAUGCUAAUGCUGUCCGAAUGGCCAGACGACACGCGAGUAUCAUUGUCCAUCGGUCUCAAUGAUAAACACUACAGAAAAUCGAAAAACACCAAGCUUCACCAUUUCAAUGCUGUGAAUCCUCAACGCCUUCCGAUCGUGCCAUGCGUCCGUAGCUUGAAGUUCUCGUUCUUCUACCAACUCUCGUCUCUGAGACGGAAUGUCGAGGGCGACUUCCUCCUUCUGCAGAAGUUUCCCAACUUAGAGUCUUUCGACCUCGAUGCUUCGGAGUUCCCCUUCUUUAUGGAACCUCGACGAGAAAUGCGAAAGUCUUUGAUCAACACCCUGCCAUCAUAUCAGUUCCCGACAUCGGCGAGGCACGGAAAGCUUAUCAUCCUACCCAAUGAAUACGGUCCCUUCUACCAGCUACCGCAGCUGACCAGAGACGGGGAGAGCGAUCCUCUCUUCGUAGGUCUGCGCCGAGCAAUUGACGGCUUUUCAGAAUUUGAGUACGGGGGCCAUCUCAGCUCUUCUUUCUUCUGGUCGCCACCCCCUAGUCUGGGCGAUGCAGCCCCGUAUUGGCAGAACAUGACCAAGCUCAAGGUUGAUUGCAACAUGGUUUCGCCCAGCGGAGAGUGGUACCUGAAGCACUAUAACACGCGCAUUGUCGAGUUUCUGAGCAGCACCGGCAGAAUAGUGCCAGGCGCAAUCCGAGAAGGAGAUGCUGAGGAGCCGGCGUGGAAAGCUGAUGUUUCGGAACUCGUCAAACGCAGAAGCAUCGAACGUUCCUACUUAGAGGAUAACCCCCCAGACAGGCAGUAUAGCGUCAGCGGCGACGACAACGUAGCCGCCUGGACCGUCAACGAGAAGGUCAUGGUGCCAAUGCUCACAUCCAUUGCCAAGGCAGCGGGCCAGAUGAUCUCCCUCAAGGAACUCUGGUUCAAAGUCAUCUUGGCUAAGUACGAUAGAUACCAGGGCUCCGAAUGGUUCCAUCGCUUCCACGUUGAUUAUCUCGCUCCUGGUGUCAAUAGACGUGGACGACGAAAGGUUCCCGCGGUGCAAAUGCUAUUCUAA